CCCUAGAACUAGGAGAUAGGGAAGUUGUCUGACAAUAAUUAGCCAGCAGAAAUACUUUUUAGGUCACGAGAAAAUAGAUAUGAAGUUCUUAAAUAGGUGUGGUGUAUAGGUGUAGUAUAAGUUACCUUUAAAUAUCCUACACUUCCCACAGGAUAUAAAAAAACUCGAAGUCGCCUUCUAAGCUUGGGAAAGCAGUGCCUUCUACGCUACAACCAGACUCAUCUCCUUGUCACUAUGCCGUUUCCCUUUGGGAAGUCUCAGAAGAACCCUGCGGAGAUUGUGAAGAGUCUGAAGGAGAACGUAGCUUACUUGGAAAAGCUGGAUGCGGCAGAAAGCAAAAAAUGUGAAAAGGUUGCAGAGGAGGUGUCUAAGAACCUAUCAUCUCUGAAAGAGGUGCUGUGUGGUUCAGGGGACAAGGAGCCCCAAACGGAGGCUGUGGCCCAACUUGCCCAGGAGCUGUACAACACCAACCUCCUCAUUGCUCUCAUUGCAAACCUGCAGAGGAUUGAUUUUGAGGGAAAGAAGGAUGUGGUGCAUCUGUUCAGUAACAUUGUGCGGCGCCAGAUUGGCACCCGUACGCCCACGGUUGAGUAUAUCUCCUCACACCCACAGAUCCUCUUCAUGCUGCUGAAAGGGUACGAGAGUGCAGAGGUGGCUCUGAACUGUGGGGUGAUGUUAAGGGAGAGCCUGCGUCAUGAGCCCCUGGCCCGCACAAUUCUCUUCUCGGAGGACUUCUACUGCUUCUUCCGCUAUGUAGAGUUCUCCACCUUCGACAUCGCCUCAGACGCUUUCGCUUCGUUCAAGGAUCUUCUCACGAGACACAAGAUUAUGUGUGCAGAUUUUCUGGAGACCAAUUAUGACCGGGUGUUUACAGAAUAUGAGAAGCUACUGCAUUCCGAGAAUUAUGUCACCAAACGGCAGUCCCUAAAGCUCCUGGGAGAGCUUCUUCUGGACAGACACAACUUCACUGUGAUGACCAAGUACAUCAGCCGGGCUGAGAACUUGAAGCUGAUGAUGAACAUGCUGAGAGACAACAGCCGCAACAUCCAGUUUGAGGCCUUCCAUGUCUUCAAGGUGUUUGUGGCCAACCCCAACAAGACCCAGCCGGUGCUGGACAUCCUGCUGAAGAAUCAGGCCAAGCUGGUGGACUUCCUGAGCCGUUUCCAGAGAGACCGCUCCGAGGAUGAGCAGUUCUGUGACGAGAAGAUUUACCUGAUCAAGCAGAUCCGUGACCUGAAGAGGCCCACAGCACCAGAGGAGGCAUGAGGGGACAGCAUCAGAGGAAGCAUGAGGGAGACAGUCAGGGGGACAGCACCAGAGGGGGCAUGAGGGGACAGGCAGGGGGACAGCGCCAAAGCACAGGUAGUGGUGAUGCUAGUGAUUUUGGUUGGGGCCUUGGAGUAUUCAGAGAGAGAAUGAUAGUGAGAGAAGCAUACUUAACUAGAUUCCAUUACUCUGCCCUUCUCUUAACUUCAAACAUAGGAACAAUAUACUGUACAAAGUCUCCCCCACAUGCAACAGGAGUGACCCGAGAACUGUUAGUUAAACCAUAGAUCUAUUUCAGCCAGCAGGUAUGAUAUCAAUGUACUUAGUCAGAUGAUGGUAUAUUGAACCUUAAACACACCAUUAGCCUCUUUUAAUAAGCACAGUAGCACACCUGAGCAAUUUCCUGGGAAAUCAGGAUAAGUGGUCCACAAAACAGAAUACACUCUCCCCGACAGACUCCCCAAACCUUACAGGAACUUUGAAAUGGAUUUGUAAGCUUUUAAAGACAGAUGUCCUAUAUGAUAUUUUAGGGAUUAGAAUAUAAAAAUAAAGAUUAUUUUGCUGGGGUUAUUCAGUUAACAUUUAUUUUUGUAGUGGUCUUGUUUCUGACACCAUACUUAACUAAUUCCAUAAUAUGUUGGUUUAUUGCUUAGCUUUGGAUAGACUCUUGGGUCAGAGUAGGUCAUUGUAAUUAUUAUCUGAAUUAUCUUCAGUCCAUCUCCUAAUGACAAACCCUGACAAUGGAAGGCUCAAAGACGUGAGUCUGCAGCAACUGUUGUCCUAAUAGGAGCCAUCCAUCAGAGAUGACAGUAAAACAAAAACUAUAUGAAAACAUGAAUCAAUGAUCUGAUAGUAGGGCCCAGGCUAGUGGACUAUAAUAGAACCUAAAGAUGGUUUUAGUAGGGCCCAGGCUAGUGGACUAUAAUAGAACCUAAACAUGGUUUUAUUAGGGCCCAGGCUAGUGGACUAUAAUGAACCUACAGAUGGUUUUAGUAGGGCCCAGGCUAGUGGACUAUAAUAGAACCUAAAGAUGGUUUUAGUAGGGCCCAGGCUAGUGGACUAUAAUAGAACCUAAAGAUGGUUUUAGUAGGGCCCAGGCUAGUGGACUAUAAUAGAACCUAAAGAUGGUUUUAGUAGGGCCCAGGCUAGUGGACUAUAAUAGAACCUAAAGAUGGUUUUAGUAGGGCCCAGGCUAGUGGACUAUAAUAGAACCUAAAGAUGGUUUUAGUAGGGCCCAGGCUAGUGGACUAUAAUAGAACCUAAAGAUGGUUUUAGUAGGGCCCAGGGUAGUGGACCAUAAUAGAACCUACAGAUGGUUUUAGUAGGGCCCAGGCUAGUAGACUAUAAUGAACCUACAGAUGGUUUUAGUAGGGCCCAGGCUAGUGGACUAUAAUGAACCUACAGAUGGUUUUAGUAGGGCCCAGGCUAGUGGACUAUAAUAGAACCUACAGAUGGUUUUAGUAGGGCCCAGGCUAGUGGACUAUAAUGAACCUACAGAUGGUUUUAGUAGGGCCCAGGCUAGUAGACUAUAAUGAACCUACAGAUGGUUUUAGUAGGGCCCAGGCUAGUGGACUAUAAUAUAACCUACAGAUGGUUUUAGUAGGGCCCAGGCUAGUAGACUAUAAUGAACCUACAGAUGGUUUUAGUAGGGCCCAGGCUAGUGGACUAUAAUGAACCUACAGAUGGUUUUAGUAGGGCCCAGGCUAGUGGACUAUAAUGAACCUACAGAUGGUUUUAGUAGGGCCCAGGCUAGUGGACUAUAAUGAACCUACAGAUGGUUUUAGUAGGGCCCAGGCUAGUAGACUAUAAUGAACCUACAGAUGGUUUUAGUAGGGCCCAGGCUAGUGGACUAUAAUGAACCUACAGAUGGUUUUAGUAGGGCCCAGGCUAGUGGACUAUAAUGAACCUACAGAUGGUUUUAGUAGGGCCCAGGCUAGUGGACUAUAAUAGAACCUACAGAUGGUUUUAGUAGGGCCCAGGCUAGGCUGCAGGGUGAUCUUAGGCAGCCAUCCAUUCUUUAGUCUGAUUGAUCCCAAUGAUUGCACUAUUUUCUCCUGGCAUGGACGCUUGCUAGUUUUCAUGUGCAGUUAGGAACUGGUGUAGUUUAGGAAGGUGAUUUAUUUUAUUUUAGAAUUGAUCAAUAAAUAAUAUAAAGAUGAGAUGUACCCCCCCAACAAUAUUACUAACACAUAGUAUCUAUGGGACGAGUAAUACAAUACGAAAGUAACACUGUACUGUUUAAGAGGAGCCGAAUCUGCCCAGUCCUGAUACUCUAGUAAACAUGGGCUUACUGUGAGCUGCAUGCUGCUUCUCUCAGGCAGCCAGACGCACUGGUCAAGAAUCCACAGAAUGCACAUAAUGAUCGACACCGUCAAACUUAAAUGAGCCAAUUCGGAUGAAGUAUGUUCUGUCAAUUGCACCUAAUUGGCCACUCCUCAAUUCUCUACUGAAGUUUAGGACCUAUCAAUACCUCAAUCAAUAAUUACGUUGUAUGUUGUCCAGAUGAACUACAAAAUGUGAUUCUCAUGAAAUAACAGCAUUUUGCCUUACCUAGUGUCACUUAAAUUGCAUAACAGAUUACAAAAAAAUAUGGUGUCUGCACAAUUUUCUAGUUUAUACCUCAUGGGGUUUUGAGUUCAUGAGGGCUGUUUUCUCUACUUUCCUUGACAAUAUAUUUUGGACAAAGAGCAGUGGUUUGUAUUAUACAUGCUAAAUAUGUCAAUGGUUUUGUUUUAACUUCAACAGGGAGUGGGACCUGGUUUUCUUUAAGGGGAAAACCAGAAUCUUCCAGUGAAAUGUAUUAGUUGGGUGCCUCAAAUUUCAAUUCAUAUUGAAUAAGAGGACACACAAGUAUGAAUGUUGCCUUACAUUCAGAAUUGCAAUUUGAUUGGGAAGACCAUGUAUGUGGAGGUAUAGACCUCUCCAAUCUUCUUAAUCAAAGGUAGUAUAAGGCUCAGUGCUUGACUUGACUGAGAUGGAUGCCAGUACUCAUUUUGGGUGCUGGUUCUGUUUACAUUUAGAUGCAGGAGCUCCUCAAUACUUUUGAGCUAAUAUUCUGUAAGAGGAACAGGAGCUCAAGCAGUAGAAAACUUGAGGUGCUGGCACUAUACUCCGGUUCGCUCCUGCCCACGUCGAGCACUGAUGAGGGGGGGAAAUAAUGUAUUUCAAGUCCCAAAAAACGCCAACUUCACAGGCCCAGAUUAAAUGAUUAACUGCAAAUGUGAUUUAUUGAAUAUAGAUAAACCUUGAAUGGAAUACAUAUGAACUAUUCCAGGACUUUUUACCAAAAGUGCAAUUCAGUCCAGUAGUAUUGUAGGCUUAAUCCCGUUCACUGUAAUCAGCCCACAGUCUGUUAUUUAUAGGAAUUCCAGAGCACCUGUUUUGUCGUAGACCAAGCAUUAAUGUUUGAUCAAAACUUUAAACUGAAUAAUUUAUUGGAGGAAAUCAAAUAUAAAGCAAAACAUUUCUGAUAAUUUUCAGACUUGUGGUUAUUUGGCUAGUAUAAUAACUCAAUGACAAUAUACAAAAAUGAUCAAGAUUUGUCAAGGCUAAAUUAUUUUUGGGUGAUUCAGAAUUUGAACUGUAAAAUGUAUGUUUUUCACUGUUGCCUUCCUUUUUCCCCCAAUUUUUUAUUAUUUUCUUUAUUUACUGUGGGAGAUGUGUACAAUGUGUACAUAGCUUUAUUUUAAAAGGUGAACGUGUGGAAGCAUAUAUAAAAAUAAAAUUAAGA